GAGAUGCCUUAGACUGCCAAAUAUGUUGUUUACUAGUUUCUUGGUCAAGUUCAGAAACAUAUGCUAAUAGAAACAUAUUUUUUUUCUGCUGUUUCACUAUCCUGCACACGUUACUUGUUCUAAAAAGUAAGUAGCUUCUUUUCAUAUGUGUUUUGCUUGACACGUUACUUGUGGUCAUGUGAUGAUGUCAUUGGUGAAUCGGGUACACCGGCUUAUAAAACCCUGAUGAAGACAUAUUCUCUCAAUUGUCAUCCUGCUUUCAAAGGCAAAAGAUUUCCAUACUAAGAACCUUCAAACUGCCAAACUGUCUACUUCAAAGAAGAAAAACUCUAGCCUGCUGUCACAGAACAUGCACUGGCAAAAAUCUGUGACUUCAGAACAACAUCAGAAUAGUCAGACCAGGCCGUACCUUGGUGUGCGUGUAAAGGAACCAGUCAAAGAACUUCUAAAGAGAAAAAGAGGGAGUGUCAGUGGAACUAACACUACAACCCCCCAGGUGACAUCAACUUUCCAGACGUAUCCAUCCUACACACCAGUAGCAGUCUCGAGUGCCACUGAUGUGUCUUAUGUUGAUCUGGAUGCUACAACAACAGCAUUGCCAAUCCACGAUGAAAGCAUUUUGUACACUGGAUUGAUUUCACAACCAUCCUCUUUUCAACCUUUAACUCAAUGGACAGCGUGCCCAGAGUACAUUUCACAUGAAAGUGUUAGCUGUCCUUAUACAACAGAUAUGUAUGUUCAACCAAUGUGCCAAGGUUAUACUGUGGUUGGUCCCCCUUCUGUACUAACAUAUACUUCACAGCCUCUUCUCACAAAUUUUACAGCACGAAACAGCACUCAGUGUGUUGCUACUCAGUUAGAAUAUGCCGAUCAGCAAACUUCGCUGACGUACUUCCCAUGGGCUCAGCCAAUUCCAACACUGCCAACAGCAACUCACUCUAUACCCUACCAAGCAACAGCAACCACAAUCCAAAGCCCACAGUUUGUCCCAAUACCAAUUUCUUUACCAGAUCCUGUGCCAGAAGAACUGAAUGACUCGAGGCAAACCAUCAACAAUGUGUCCAUUGAAAAAUUAUUACAUGGAGAAGAAGGGAGUGACUCAUAUGUUCUUCAUCAUACUCUGUCUAUUGAAGGGCUUUAAUUGAUGUAUUCAGUGAAAUUAUAUUUCUGUAUUAAAUAGCUUUUGGUUUGACAUUU